GAGGCAUAAAGGCGCAGGCCCGGACCCGGAGAGGGAAGAAGGAGGGGUCCCCUUUCCUCCACCACGCCGCGUCGUCGUCUGCUGCCUUCCGAUUCCGGGCCAGCGCUCAAAAAACCCACCGCGUCGGCUGCCCACGCUCACCGCGCCCAUCGCGCGAAGCCCUAACCUCGCCGUCUCCGCCGCCGCAAUCCGACCGCGACGCCGCAUUCCCCGCCGUGUUCGCUCCCAGGAGAGAGGCGAAAUGUGCAGCACUUCAGGAGGAUCAUCGGAUGAUGGAGCAGGUGGAGGCAACACGCCGAGGGGAAAUGGCAACCAGGAUGUGAUUGAUGCCCCCCACUCGCGGUCGUGCCGACAAUCAAACCUGUCAACUGCGAGGAGGUCACGCGUUGCACGCAACCCUUGCUGCGGAGAAGCUUGCAUCAGGUUAGGAGAUGUGGCACCAGGGUCUUCUCCCAAGAAGAGAAAGGGAGCAACGGAGGAAGGACAGCAUGGCACGUCAAAAAAGACCAAGAUCAGUGCUUCAGCUUCUCCGACGUCGAGAGAUUCAAACAGAACUUCUAGCUCUGCUCUUAGUCCCAAGAACAGUGCAAAAGAGCAGAGGAGUGAGUAUGGCAUGACUGUAAAUGUCAGGACUUCAUCAAAUAAGCGGAAAUUAAUGGGUGUGAAAAGCUACAUAGCAUUAUUCAAGCCGUCCAGGAAAGCGGAAGCCACAGAUGCAGUUUCUGCAAAGCAAUCAUCUAUUCCCACAACAACAAAGAAGGUUAAGGAAAGCCCAUUUCAGAAGCUUCAGAGAUUGCCAGAUGGGUGCCAUCCUGAUUUUGACAAUGAUCAUUUGUGUUCUAUCAAUAAGCUUCGUGAGUUCUGGCACAAGUCUCAAGGUGCUGUAUUCAUUGAUGAUAAGGAGCGUGUGAUGAAGACCAUCUUGUUCGUAUUGACUGUAUUACCUGAUGUCUGCCAACCUUUUCUACUUGUCACAACUGCUUCUCUUGCCUUAUGGAAGGCUGAGUUCAAUCGCUUUGCACCAUGCAUCAAUGUUGUUGUGUAUGAUGGGGAGAAAGAUGCGCGCAAAUUAAUUAAAAAGCUGGAGUUUGAUGAGAAUGGAAGCCACGUUAUGUUACACAUUCUCUUGGCUCAUCCUGAUUCUAUCUUGGAGGACAUUGAAAAUGUAGAUUGCAUUAGUUGGGAGGCAGUUAUUGUUGAUUAUUGUCAAAACACAGUUCUAAAACAUCUCAAACAACUCAAGUGUCUUUCUACAGAUUUUAGGAUGGUACUUUUGAGCUCCCCCCUUGAGGAUAAUCUCUUCGAGUACAAGAACCUGCUAGCUUUCCUUAAUUCCGAAGAGGAAGAUAAUGGAGAUUAUGCUGAUGCUGAUGCUGAUGCCCUUGUGUUGUUGAGAGCAAGAUUCACACGUCAUGUUGCAUAUGAGCGAAAAACAGUUUCUUCAAACUUUAUGGAGUAUUGGGUUCCUGCUUACCUUUCACAAGUGCAGCUAAAACUCUAUUGCUCCAUAUUGCUUGCAAACUCAAAUGUCCUGCAGUCACAAAUGGCAACUGAUGGUGUUGGACCUCUUCGUGACAUUAUUCUGUGUCUUUGGAAGUGCUGCAAUCACCCUUGCCUCGUUGAUGAACUUCUGCAGCAUUCACUUGUCAACAUUGGUGAUGUAAUUGAAUCUAUACAUGAUAGAACACGUGUAAGUGGCAAGUUACUGCUUCUUGAAAAAAUGCUUAAAGAGAUCAGGAGCAAGAGGUUAAGAGUCAUUGUUCUUUUUCAAUCUAAUAGAGCAGGUGGAGGUUCAAUGGGUGAAAUAUUGGAAGAACUCGUACGCCACACAUUUGGUUCUGAAUCAUACGAACGUGUUCAAAACUGUUCAGCAUUUUCAAAGAAACAGGCAGCAAUGAAUAUGUUCAAUGACAUGAUGAAAGGGAGAUUCAUUUUUUUGAUUGAGAACAGUGCAUGCCGCCCAAGCAUAAAACUUUCAUCUAUCGAUGCCAUUAUCAUAUAUAGUAGUGACCAGAACCCACUAAAUGAUCUAAAGGCUCUUCGAAAGAUCAAGAUAGAGUCACAACUGAAGCAUGUGUGCAUCUUCCGCUUGUAUACUCCAUUCACAGUGGAGGGAAAUGGUCUCGUGCUUGCAAAGCAGGGCAUGGUUAUUGAUAGCAACAGCCAAGAUCUGAUGCUUACUUUAAGCCAUUGCUUGCUCAGUUGGGGUGUAUCAUUUCUCUUCAGUAGAGUUGAUGAGCUCCAGCAAGAUAACUGUGCUAGUAAAAGUUAUGAAAGGGACAUUGUCUUUAUGGAUAAAGUAAUUUCGGAGUUCUUAACAGAAUUGUCCACAAAUGUUGAAGAUAGUGCUAAAGUCAAUAGUGCAACCAUAUCGAAAGCUUGUAUGAGCGGGGGAUUUUAUUCAAGAAACAUUACUCUAAUAGGCGAUAUGGAGGGAGUGUCUUCACUGGAUGGAGAUCCACCUACACUAUGGUUAAAUUUGCUGGAUGGGAAAUCCCCUUGUCGGCGCUAUAUGUCCGAGCCACAAGUGAGCCUAAGAAAUGUGCAGAACAUGGAAAAACCAAUCGAAGUUCCUGCUGAAGAAACUAACGAAGCCAGAAGGAAGUGUGUAAAAACAGGCGAAAUUGUGGGCCCAUCUUCAAAGUUUUCAUCUGAUGUAAGUAACAACGACCUGUUUCCUGAAAUUAGUACUUCAUCCAGUGCUGACCUUCAACCACUUGGUGCCACAGGACAAAAAGCAGGGGUGGAAAACCCGAGCACACCAAAAAGUCUUCAUGUCAAACUUAAGCGCGAGUUGUCAAAACUAAGUAAGGUGUUAGAACUACCGGAUAAUGUACGCUUUCUGGCCGAGCAGUUCCUUGAAUAUCUUUUGAAGAAUCAUCUAGUAAUGUGGGAGCCACAGGGCAUGUUGCACGCAUUCAACAUGGCCUUGUGUUGGCGUGCUGCUUCUCUUCUGAAAUACACCGAGCUGGAUCGUAGAAAAUCGCUUGCCCUUGCUGCAGACUGCUUGAACUAUGAGUACAAUGAGGAGCUCACAGAAUUGUUCUUUGAAAAAUUAGGGACCGUAAAAGAAAAGAUUGUACAUAAACCAGGUGGAAGAAGCAAAAAAGUAGAGAAUGAUAGAUUUUCAUCACAGGAGAGCUCAUCUGCUAACUUGGGUAGUGACCACUUGUUCCCAAAGCAGGCAAUGGAUCUUCAUGGUAACUUCACAAAUGGCACGCCCCAAGAGAGCUCAUCUGCCGCUGAGCAGAUGGUUUCAGAUGGGCAAGAGUUGGUAUCUGCUCCAGAAGCUGCCAGAGAAUGGCAUUUGUCAAGUGAAGAACUUCCUAAUAUGUCUGUAAAGAAAAGAAUAGAAUUAUUUAACAAUGUUUUCUCCUUAAGGCAGAAGAAUAUCCAUGAGAAACAACAGCUUGAGAUAUUAGAGUUUAGGACACAGAGAGAGAAUCAAGUUAUCAAACUGAAAAAUGUAUGCGGUUUAGUUGUUCAACAUAUUCGGACAAAUGACAUCAAUGAAGAGACCAGAAAUGACCAAAUAAAGCUAGUGAUUCAGUGGUUCACUAUGCUUGUGUAUGCAUUUUUGGAGCACAUGAAGCUCCAGCUUGACAAACUUGAGGCACUGCAAUCUUCAACAUGGUUUGAAGAGCGAAUGAUGAAAGAAAAACUUAAACAGGAAGUAAUAUCGGGCCAAUUAGAUCAUUCCUUUGAUAUUUGCAUUGCUCUACCAGAUUCGAAUUUUGUUAUUGAGGAAUUCAUCCAUUUUAAGAAACAAGGUGAUGGUCAUCAUGUUGACGAAAUUUUGGUGUCAGGAUGUGACCAGCUUUUGGAUGACAAAUUGAUAAUGGAAAUUACAUUGGCACGAAAUUCAGUUCCAUCAGAGGCUUUUUCUACACGGGCAGUGAGAAAUGAGCAUGCUGAAACUCUUGUGGGGUCUGGCGGAGGAGCAGCUUUAGAAUCCGUUGAUCUUCCAGAAAACAGUAUCCACUGUAGUUCUGAUGGAAUCGACUUACAAAGAGUCUGUUGUUCAAGUGCACCUGCAAGCCAUGAUUCAAUCAGUCAGGAAUCUUCAUCCAAGGACUUUGGAAGUAUUGAGCAUGCCAAGAGUGACAAUAUUACAAAUCCAAGUAUGUUGCUGAGAGCUGCAACUUCUCUUGUCUUGGAAAUUAAUGCAGAUAAUCAAGGCACUGUUGCAGCAGAUCCAGUCCACUUGGAAUCACCUAUUUUGGCUUCUCCACAAAGCCUCAGGACCUUGUCACUGUCUAGGGAAGUUGGAACUGAAGCUAAUCUAUCAAAUCUGUCUUCUCAACAAACUGUUGGGACUUUACAGCAUCCACAUGCUGAAGUAGAACCAACCGAUACGUUGCAUAUAAUGGCCGCUCAGGAUCUGCAAACUGAGAUGCAAAAGUCAUCCUCAACAUUGGAUGUUCCACCUCAUAGGAAGUACCCUGAUGAUUCGAGUCAAAUGAGCCAUGAACUAGAUACAACAACUGGACUGUUGCAGGAAGGGACGAUUUCCUACCAUUUAGGUGAUGUCAGAAUGGGAGUUAAAGCAAAAAAUGCUGCUGCAGAUUCAUUGAACUCAGGAAAACAAUCUUAUAUUGCUCCAGACAACCCAGGUUUCACGCAAGAUGCUAGGGAAGUUGAAACUCAGACUGAUCAGUCAAGUAUGCCUGCACAACAAAGUACAAGUCCACCUGCCCAACAAAGGUUAGCAACUUCAGGGUAUCCACCGGCAGAAGCAGAACCAUCAAGUAAUCUGGGCAUGGAGGCAACCCAGAAUUUGCAGCCUGAAAUUCAACCAUCAAGCUCAAUGUUGGAUGCUGACAGCAGUCAAACAGGGCAUCAGCCGGAAACAACACCUGGUCUAUCAAAGGGAGGUUUUAGUUAUCACCAUUUGGUCGAUGCUACGUUGAGAGCUGUUGAAAGUAAUAAUAACACUAUUUGUGCACAUCAAGCACACCUGGAAUCACCAACUGUUGCUGCUUCACAAAGCUCACCUAUGCUGCCAUUUUCUUCAGAGGUUGAAACUCGAACUAAUCUAUCAUGUAUGUCUUCCCAGCAAAGCUCUCGACCUUAUAGUGCAACUAAUCUGUCAGAGGAUGGUGAAACUGAAUAUCCACCUUGUACCACACACAACGUAGCUGCCUUAACACUGCCUAGGGAAGUUGAAACUGAGAAUAGUCAAGCAAUUAUGCCUAUGCAGCAAAGUACAAGUCCGCAUGUGUGGCAUCCAACUGAAGGAGCAAAGCCAGCUGGUAUUCUGGGCAUGAUGGCAGCUGAUGAUUCCCAGCCAUCAACCUUGAUGCUUGAUCAAACUGCAGAAGCAGAACAAGCUGGUACAUUGGGUGCAGCAGCAGCAGCAGCUCAGGAUUUGCAUCCUGAAACGCAACUGGCAACCAGAACGCAAGAUGCUCCAUAUGAAAGAACUGAUGUGUCUGGUAUGCCUGUGCCGCAAAAUACGGCUCUCCAGCAGAGUUUACAGCCUUCAUGGGAUACACUUGCAGGAGUAGAACCAGCAGAUGUUUCAGGCAUGGUGGUAGCUCAUGAUUUGCAGUCCGAAAUGCAACCAUCAUCAUCAAUGCAGGACCAACCUGUGGAAGCAGAAAGAGCAGGUACAUGGAGCACCAUGGCAACUCAGGAUUUGCAGCAUGAAAUGCAACCAUCGACCUCAAUGCAGCAUAUCCCACCUGGGAGAGCACACCCUGAUGAGAGGAUCCAAAUAGGUCUCCAGCCAAACACGACACCGGGUCCUGAGCAGUUUACCCAACUCUUUCCAGUGGCAUCUGUAGCAUUCAAUCAUUUAAUAUGUAGCUCCGAACCACUGAAAAAUGAGUUGGAAAGGCUAAAACACUGCACAAAUUUGCUUAGCAAGAACCAUGAACAGAAGAAAUUGGUACUUCAAGCAGAGUACAAACAAGAAAUGGAGAAGGUAGUCAAGAAAUAUGAGUCAUUACUUCAGAAAGAAGAUUCCACAUUUCUUCGAAUGACAUCGGAGCUUGCGGAUAUCUACAGGAAAGUUUUCGUACAGCAGUCACUAGCUGAGAAUUUUCGAGAGAAAUUCAUGAAAUCAUCUGCAGCUCAAGAAAGAUCUGCGAGCCCUGCAAUUGGGCAAGCACCUCAGUCUUCUCAGCAAGCACUUGCAUGGACUUCAGUGGCGCAGACCACAACAUCACCCGUUGCCUCAUCAUUAGCCACUCGACCACCAGUGCUGACCUCAUUUCAUUCAACAGGACCUUUCCUCCAACCUUCACAGGUGGCUCGACCAUCAGCAUCUGAGGCUAUCCAACUGCAAUCGAUUGUACCUCGAAAUCUGUACAGAGCAACAUCACCUCUUAGUUCAAUUCCUCUGCAAAAUGGAAGCUACAGAGUUGUUGGAGCACAAUCACGUGGUCCUGCUCCUCAUCUCCAGCACCUCAGGAUGCCGCCACUGUAUGCAAUGGUCCACAGAGAUCGACAACAACUUCCUGUUAUCAGUCCAGGGAUUACAUCAUUAAGACAGUCUGCCCCUGUUACCUUGGAAAGCUUUGCGUCUACAAGUCCACUGGCAGGUGUCGUAAUACCCUCCAUGGCAUCGAGUUCAGUUCACCAAACAAUGACACCAGCAUCAAACUCACAUCCAGCUCCCCCGGCUUCCUCACUGCUACCUGCAGGUUCACUUCCAGAUUUCAUGGCAAACUUUGUGCAGUCUCUUAGUACAAAUCCAGUUCUCAUGGCAACCCAACAAUCAUCGAACCAGAGUCCAGCUUUUCACAACAUGUUAGGUCCAGUGAAUGCAGCAGCAGCAGCAGGAGGAAUUUGGCACGCUGGAGCUCACAUAGCAGGUGUCAAUGGACUUGUCCCUGAAUCCGCUUUGGAGACACUGCUCUUCCAACAACGAUGGCGUGCCGCCUCCAUGGCAUCAGGUUCAGUUCACCAAACAAUGGCACCAGCAUCAAACUCACAUGCAGCACUCUCAGCGUCCUCACUGCUGUCUGUUCCGCUUCCAGCUAGUGGAGCCGCUAGCACAGGGGCCGGGAGAGGUGGCAGCGGAGAAGUCGUGUGCCUAUCUGACGAUGAAGAGUAGUUGUGGUUUGAAUUAGAGCUGAUGUAUCAACCAACCCCUUUAGAAUUGUGAUAGCAAGAGAUGACGCUGAUGACGAUAGUGCAUCAGGCGUUUUGAGGCCAGCAGAUGCUAAGAACAACAAUCUUGUAUAGUGGCGGUUUUCUUAUUGUGCCUAACCUUAUGGUGCGGGCCUCCCUGGAAUCACCCCUGGUCGUGGUGAAGGUGUUGCGGUGGUGGGCAAACAAAUAUCGUACUGUACGUAUGUGGGUGUACGGUGCUGACAUGCUCUUCUGAGUAGUGACUUGUUUUCACCUGUU